AUGGGCCUGCUGCUGGGCUGGUGGCUCAGCUCCGAGCCUUAUCGCGGCGAGGGUUUCUGUGUCCCACUGUCCACCUGGAACAUGCUGCUCCAGGAUACGGGCUUUACGGGUGUGGAGUAUGAAUUCCGUGAUUAUCGCAGCGACGCCUGCCUUGAGCUAAGCGUACUGCACCUGCUUUGGCUCCACGGCAGCGCCGGAACAGAACGCCGCUGGUUUUCUCAGAAUCCAGACCUUGGUGGAGGCGUCGGUCUCGGCGGCGCGGAGUCUCAUCGACCCCUCGCACACGGCGUCUAUUUAAACGAUAUCCUGCAAGCCGAUUCCGUUUUCAAGACGGUGGAGCGUGGAAUCCAAUGUCUAGGUGAGAUCGAACACAUUGUGCCGCUGACUGGGAAGGCCAUCAUUAUGGAUGCCCUGCAACUCGCUAAGAAUGCAUUGGUAUUUAUCAAACCGUUCUUCGAGCCUGAUCAGACUUUAGUCGAUUCCUUCCCUUGCUUGUUUACCAACAAUGGACUCAACGGCCCUGCAUCGGGCAACCUUUCAGCGAACCCUUCAGACCUGACCAGCUUUGAUAUGCCUGACAUCCUCGGGCAGCAAUGA